AUGGCGACCAUCUCACCUACACAACUCGCGCGCAAGACGCGGCAAUCAACCAACUGGGCCGAGGCGCAACGGCGGGUGCUCGCAACCUACCGGGAAUGGAUUCGAGCUGCACCUGAGAUUCAGACCAUGUACAACGUUCCCCUACCAGUCUCGGUCAUUCGGACGAGAAUGAGGGAGGAGUUCGAGAAGCACCGAUACGUCAGCAAGCUGCCCGUCGUGGAUGUGCUGCUUUUCCAGAGCCAUGCAGAAUACCAGGAAACGAUGAACUUUUGGAAGCAGACGAAUCACGUCAUGUCGUACUUCCAGGAGGAGAACUUCAGAGGGGACAAGAGGUUACCAACCAACUUCAUGUCGGGUUUCUUGGAGGGGCGCAACUGAAACGGGAUUGUAGAGCCCCCCUUCCCCCUGUACAUAUCAAAUAGAGAGAGGUUUCCGAAAUUGCUGAUCC